CUCAGCCGAAAGAUUCCUGCCAGCGACCUCACCCGAGCUGCCUCAAGCAUCACAUCCCAUUGCCAGCUCAGCCCAUCAUGAACUCUUUCCGCUUCGCGCGUGCGGCUCUCAGAGCUCGCCCUGCUGCCAUUCGCGCUCCCCUUCAGCGCAGAACUUACGCAGAUGCCGUCCCGGACAAGAUCAAGCUGAGCCUGUCGCUCCCUCACCAGUCUAUCUACAAGUCCCAGGAUGUUGUGCAGGUCAACAUCCCCGCCGAGUCCGGCGAGAUGGGUGUUCUCGCCAACCACGUUCCCUCAAUUGAGCAGCUCAAGUCUGGCCUGGUUGAGAUCAUCGAGGAGAGCGGUCCCAGCAAGCAGUUCUUCCUGUCCGGCGGUUUCGCCGUUGUCCAGCCCAACUCCGUCCUUAGCAUCAACGCCACCGAGGGAUACCCCAUCGAGGACUUCAGCGCCGAGGCUGUCAAGUCUCAGAUUGCCGAGGCCCAGAAGGUUGCCUCCGGCAGCGGAAGCGAGCAAGACAUCGCCGAGGCCAAAAUUGAGUUGGAGGUUCUCGAGAGCCUGCAGGCUGCUCUGAAAUAGAGUGUAAAAGAAGGUCGUGGGUGACAUGACGUUGUACAUCAAAAUACUCGGAUUCCCUAUCUCAUCUAACAUCGCAUAAUUGAAUCCACUUGCGACGUUUUCCAGCG